AUGCACGCAAUGUCGUUCGUGUUCAUAGGAAUCAAAAUACCACACAGAUGUUUCGUAGAUGAAUUUGACGGUAAUGGUACAGUCAGCUAUGACCAUCAAGCAGUAUGGAACAGUAGUAUCCCCUUCGACAGCAACGGGGAGAUCAGUCAAUGCAAAAGGUUUUCCCCCGGAAGUAAUAAAUCUGAGAUUGAAUCAUGUAAUAAGUGGGUCUUCGACACAUCGAAGUAUAGUUCCUCAGUUAGGAUAGAUUAUUCUUUGGUGUGUGACCGGUCCAUCCUCGCAGCAGUUGCCCAGUCAGUGUAUAUGGCGGGUAUGUUGAUAGGCGCAGUUCUGCUUGGAGAGCUAUCAGACAAGUUUGGGAGGAGAAAACUAUUAUUAAUUUCAAUCGUCCUACAAUUGAUAAGUGGAAUAGGGCUGGCAUUUGCGCCAGAAUACUUCUCUUUUAUAUUCUUUCGUUUCCUUCUUGGAAAUGCACACUCUGGAGUCUUCUUACCAGGAUUCACUUUAGGAAUGGAGUUUGUUGGUCCAAAAGGACAGGUUGGAGCAGGUAUCAGCCCUCACAUGUACUUUGGAAUGGGGUUCUGUGUGAUAUCGCUACUAGCAUAUUUUAUAAAAAGCUGGAAGUGGCUCCAAUUGGCUAUCACCUUACCAGCUCUGUUAUUUGCUAGCUACUAUUGGUUGAUCCCUGAAUCCGCUAGAUGGCUCUUGAGAAAAAAUAGGAAAGAAGAAGCCAAAGUUGUACUGAGAAACGCCGCAAAGAUCAACAGAGUCACUAUACCUGAUAUUAUUCUAGAAACAACUGAAAAGGAAGUGGAAGGACCAAAAGAGAAUUUUAUACACAUAUUUAGAUAUAAAUUCAUGCGACGCAACGCACUAAUUGUAUUUUAUGAUUGGUUUGUUGUUAGUUUGGUAUUCUAUGGGUUGUCAUUUGGGUCUGCAAGUCUUCCAGGAGGACUAUACUUCAAUGUCGCUCUUUCUGGUUUGGUCGAACUACCUGGCGCCAUCUAUUGUUGGGUGUUUAUGGACAGAUUAGGCAGACGAUUUACGUUGUCAUGUGCUAUGUUGAUAACCGGAUGUUGUUGCAUAGGAACGAUAUUCAUAGGAUCAAAUACAGAAUAUUGGUGGAUAUCCGCAAUUCUGUCCAACAUAGGAAAAGCGUUCGUGUCAGCUGGAUUCAUUUUGGUGUAUCAGUAUUCCGCGGAGUUAUUCCCGACGCUGGUGAGAAAUUCGGCGGUUGGCUUCAGCUCUAUGUGCGCAAGGAUUGGUGGAGUCAUUACGCCCUUUAUCAACUUUAUGGGCUAUUUGCAUCCCGCUGUCCCUGCUGGCACAUUUGGAGGACUAGCUCUUAUUGCGGGCUUACUGACGAUUAUUCUACCCGAAACACUCAACAGACCACUGCCAGAGUCCCUGGAUGAAGGGGAACAAUUAAACAGGGUGUGGAAAAUGUACAAGCCUGUACCUACCAGCGAGCAAGAGGCCGACGACAAUAAUGACGAUGAUGAGCUAUACAAAAGAAAGAUGGCAUCGUUAAACAACGACACCAAUAGCACUUCUACGAUUUAAUUAACUGAUACGUCUUAAUUAAUAUCAAACAUACAUGACAUCUCAUGAAUUUGGUAACAUAUCAUGAAGUAAUAAUACAAUAAUGUUAUUGAUAACAUUAUAAAACCACACACGGAACUACAUCAAGAGAAUACAUGCGAAUGUGAAUUUCGUCAAAGCAAUACACAGUGUCUGAUUCGAUUUAACCUUGAAAGCAUGCCCGAUAUUGAUAUAAUAGAAUGACGAUGAUGAAAUGACGAUAAGAAAAGGACAGAUCAACACAAAUUGUCUUAGUAAAGUAGUUUGUAAGCGUAUUUUUACUCAAAUAAAACCGUAUAUA